AUGGAUACAGUGAUUUAUAAAUCUUCAGCUUUGACACUUACUUUCACAGAUGCUAGCAUACAGACUGCGUCUGGAACUACAACAUCAUGGCUUCCUGUAAUCACUCCUUGGACAGGAUCUCCAUCAUGUUCGACUGAGGUAUAUGCACAGCCAGACCAUGAUGCUAUUCUCUUUGAUCCCUAUUACCAAACCUCGGUGGUACCGGGAGCGAACACUGCUCCAUGUCUUCCACCAGAAGCAACAGCUUGGUGGGAUCAGGGGGCUGAUCAAGCCGUUCUCCUUGGUCCGACUUUCGUCUGUCCUUCUGCUUAUUCUGCCGUCGAGACACUCGUCGUAAACUCGGCUACCCAGCAAACUCUCUGCUGUCCGUCUAAUUUUGGUCUUUAUAUGCCCAUGACACAGUUGACGAAGGGAGUAUUUCCAUCACAAUGUACCUCGAUGAUGAGUAGUGGCGAAUCUUAUACUUACAUGACUUCCACAUCUGGAUCAUGGGGAUCAUAUACAGACCAUUUGAAAGAUGAUUAUACUAUAUAUGCUAUCCCCGUUAAUGGCUUCAACGUUCAGGCCAAAACUACUACCUCGUUGUCAAUUGCAUCCGCAACCAAUCUCGUAACAUCAACAAGUACCACGGGAAUCACGGGAUUCACUCUAGCACCAGUAUUAGCAACCACUUCAAACCCACAAUCCACAUCUUCACCACCAUCCAAACUCAGCAGCGACACAACAUCACCAUCACCAUCCCCAUCCCCAUCGCCAAAUUCCCCCAUCUUCAACAUCGCCGUCGGAAUCGGCAUAGGAGUCGGCGUCGGAAUCGUCCUGCUCAUCAGCGCAUGUAUACCGCUAUACAAACUGUGGAAACGACGGCGCCCAAAUCCCCAAGGGCAAAUCCAAUAUGAUGAUCCAGAGCCCUCCCAGCAAUAUGAGAAUCAACUCCAAAUCUAUCAUCAUCAACAGCAAUUCCAGGAAGCGCAGCCUCCGAUCUUUUUCUCCGAGAUCGAUGGCGCGGAGAGGGUUUCGGCGGUGGUUGGAUGUUCGCCGGUUUUUGAGUUGAGUGAUAAGAGGCAGACGGAUUCUUGGGUUAAGGAUAUGAUGGUGGCUAAUCAGGAGGAGUUGUGGAUGGAGUCGCCUAUACGGUAG